AUGGACCAAGUUUUGGACGCUUUCGUUGUCAUCGGGAAAACACUUUGGCUUAUUUUUGUCGCGAUUAUCAAAAGUUUCCUUCCUAAUGGAGCUCUGCCACGAAAAGAUGUCAAAGGUUGGUGAUUUUCAAUGAUUAAAAGGAACUAAAAAAAUAUUUUUUUGAUGAAUUUAUUGUUUGAAUUUCUAAAGAAGGUUUGAAAUGCCUGAGCCUAUCAUCCACUUCAAAAAAGCCGUUUCGAAAAGGUGUGUUUAAAACUUUUUGACCAAGACUGGAGAAAAAAAUGCAAAUAAUUGAUUGAUUAAAAAAAUUAAUUUUUUUAAACAUAUUAUCAUUCCGGAAAGUACUCGAUACUGUGAAAAAAAUUUAGCUCGACCGAUUUUUGAAAACGAGAAAAAAAUUGAAUUGAAACAAUUUCUCAUCCGAACGACCAUUUUUGAACGGCGAUUUCGCUCCAUUGACGGAAAAAAGAAUCAAUUUUCUUAUGGAAAGGUUGCUCCAAGGAUAAAAUUCAAUAACGAAAAUCAUUCUACAUAAAUAUUGAAAGAAAGUCACGUUUUUCCAGGCCAAACGGUCCUCAUCACUGGCGCCGGAAGCGGCCUCGGCCGAUUAUUAGCCUAUGAAGUGAGUUUCUGAAAAUAAAAAUUGAUUAUUUUCAAAAAAAAACAGAAUUUUUUUAAAUUAAGCGGGUUACUGUAGAAACCAAGUCCGUAGACAGUUUAUUCUACGGUAAUUUGUGAUUUAUUGGAAGUUCUUCGUUUCCAAACAAGCCUAGUACUAUCAGCUUCUCAAAGUUAACAAAAAUGCCAAAUAAAUUUUUUUAAAAAGAAGUUGGCGGUCAAGACCACAGACCCACAAGCAUUUUUCAACUUUUCUCUCUCAAAUUUCAGUAUUUUUUCAAGCUUCUGAACAAAAACCAAACUUUUUUGAAUAAAAUCAAAACAAAAACUACAGUUCGGCAAACUGGGCUGCUAUUUGGUGCUUUGGGACGUGAACGAAAAGGGCAAUGAGGAAACGCGUCAAACGCUGGAAUCAGCCGGGGUCAAGGUAAGUCUUCCAAAAAAGAAAAAAAAAGAAUGGGGCCGAUAUUAAGUUUUAUUCGUGGCACCGCCCAUAAACGUGCAAAAAUUACGUAGGUAUCUAUUAACCACACACACACAGUAAAACGUAUGAGUAACAAAUAUAUAUCAAAAGAAGAGGGAAAAGAAAAAGAAAGGACAGUGUUCUUUCGCAAGAUGAAAACAUUUUACAACGAGAAAUCCGGACGGAAAAGAAAAACAAGCAUUUUUUUUUCUUCCCUAAAGCAACUAUACUGUAACCGGAGCACAUAAAUAAUAUGUAUACAAUAAUUACCUGUGUUAAUUUUUUGUUUACCGAGUUAUUCGGGAGAUCUAAAUGGAUUGUGGGGGAAAACCUGAGAAUUACAAAGGAAAGGAAACUUUUUCAAAUAGGUGAGAAAAACAUUUAUAUUAAUUUAUUUAUGAAGGUUGCUUGGAUUUUGGCACCGAAAAGUAGAGAAAAGGGAGAAAAGGAGUCAAAAAAGGAAAAUUUUCGCCAUUGACUCUCAUUUUCUCUAGACUUUCCGGAAAGAAAAGCGGAAAAUCGCUAAAACAGAGACCCAGACGCUGCAGUUUCUCUGGGUUCUCCACUUUUUUCAUACUCUUCGCAACUUCUAUACCAGAAGAGCUCAGAGCAUAGCUAAAGUGUCGAAACACAGAAAAAACUACAAAAUUUGAACGUCUAGAACGUCCAAACUUUCCAAAGUCUCUAGAUCAAAAAAGCCAAGAACAAGCAGCUACAAGCAAUAAGAUAG